GACGGGUCACGCGACGGGAGGCGUUCCCGCGGGGCGCACGCUCACUGGUGCGCGAGCUUGGGUCCGAGGUUUGUCCGGUUCUCUUGACUCUGACCCUCACAUGAUCAGAGGAGAGGAGAAGAGCACCUGCUGCUCUUGUAUGGGACAUGGAGCCACUGAGUGUGGAUGGUGCAGAAGCUGAUGGCUUCUUUGACAUUCUGGAGGAGAGGAGGCGGAGCAGUGACUUAAGCCACGCCUUCCGGACCUUUAACCCUCAGCCAUACCGUGGGGCCACGCCCAUUGCAGCUGCCACUCUCAACAGGAUGGUGCUUGAAUCACAGUACCUGAGCUACAUCAUACAGGAGAUUAUGGUUGAAUGUGAUGAACCGCGUGAGGCGCUUUUAGAAGAGGCAUCUGCGCUGCUGGAUGAGAUGAGUCAAAACCUUCAGCUGGGAUUCAUUCGUCUGCUGGGCUUCGCACUGAGCAAAGUUUUUAAGAGCGUCUUCAGCUCUAUACACGUCAAUGAGGAUGGACUCACACGGCUCCAGCAAGCCAUUCAGGAGUAUCCCGUCAUCCUGAUGCCCAAUCACAGGAGUUACAUGGACUUCCUGGUUCUGUCUUACAUCAUGUUCACUUAUGACCUCUCUAUCCCCGUCAUUGCAGCUGGAAUUCCUCUGAUGGGGAUGAAGCUGAUUGGUGAGAUCUUUCGGCGGUCAGGAGCAUUCUUUAUCCGUCGUGCCAUUGGCUCAGACAAGCUGUACUGGGCGGUUCUGUCUGAGUACGUCAGAACCAUUGUGCGGACAGGUUAUGCUCCAUUAGAGUUUUACGUUGAAGGAUUACGGAGCAGAACGCUGAAAUCUCUCACACCAAAACUAGGAAUGAUGCACAUGGUGUUGGAGCCCUUUUUUAAAGGAGAGGUGUUUGACAUCAGUCUGGUGCCCAUCAGCAUCAGUUAUGAGCGUGUGUUGGAGGAGUCGCUCCUCGCUCAUGAGCUGCUGGGAGUGCCUAAACCAAAAGAGACCACAGAGGCUUUGCUGAAGGCCAGGACUGUGCUGAAGGAGGAUUACGGCUGCAUGCAUGUGUGCUUUGGCAACCCUGUGUCAGUCAGAGACCUGGUGAAGGGAAAAAUAAACCGCAGACAGUAUAAUCUGGUACCCAGAGACCUGCCUAUGAAGCCCAGUAAGGAGACGCAGGAGUUUGUAUCUGGUCUCGCCCACAUGAUCAUCCGUUUGCAGGAGAGAAAUGUGGUACUGAGCGCCUGGAACCUGAUGGCCGUGGUUCUCCUUCAGAACCUCCAGGGCAUUGAUUUGGACCUGCUGACCCAUAAAACCCUGGGGCUGAGGAGACUCGCCCUGCGGUUUGGAGCUCAUCUCAGAUGGCCCAAGAAUGUUUCGGAUUCUGAGGUGAUGUCAUCGAGCGUGAGCCUGCAUCACUCAGUGGUGCGCUGUGAGAGGGGGCGUGUCUAUUUAGUGGAGGAGGCGGGGCCAGGCCCUGUCACUCAAGAGGAGGCUGUGUUCAGACGUGCUGCUGCUGUGCUCAUGUGCGCCUCCUACAGGAAUCAAGCAGUACAUGUAUUCACAAGACCAGCUAUAGUGGCGGUCGCUAUGAGAACAGCUGCAAGAAAUAGGACAGACGACGUCUUUCAUCAUUUCAAGUUCCUGCUGGAGCUCUUCUCCAAUGAGUUUGUUCUUAUUCCUGGUCAAGCAGUUCAGGACUUUGAGGAGGGCUGUUCUUUGCUACAGCAGUCUGGUGUAAUCGGCCGCUCUGAUGAAGAGAUCUAUGUGAGGGACAAUGGCCAGGAAACCAUCAUCUUCCUCAGAGAGAUUCUGCAGCCUUUCAUUGAGAGCUACCAGCUGGUGUUCAGGUACCUGUGUGAAGAGAGUUCGCAGACAUUCAGAGAGAAGAUGUUUUCAAACAGCAUCCGCAGUUUCAUCGUGAAGCUCUUUAUUUCAGGUGAAGUUGAGUCGUAUGAGAGUUUAUCGUCUGACCUCCAGAAGAACGUUCUCUCAGCUUUGCUCAGCAUGGCUGCUGUGACCAAAACUAAAGUUGAUGACCAGAAUGAGAUUAGAGUAAAUAAAUCUGCAGUGAAGAGAAUAUGGGACAUGCUGAGAUACGGAUGGAGCCCUCAGAUCAGUGUAAACGCCAGACUGUGAUGAGAAGAAUCGGACGACAGCGACUCAUGAUUCUUUUAUUGUAGAACUGCUAAUAUGGACAGUACAAGUGCUGUAUGUGUCUUUGGUGUCAAACACAGAACAAACCUUCAGUAGCUGCUCUAGAUGCAGUAUAGAUCAUUUAAUUUUAUAGAUCAUGUGAAAAUCAGAUAAUAUUGGUGUUAUUCAACAACAAGAUGUACAUUUUAAGAUACACUUACCUUUCAAGUAUUCUUUUAUAACGCAUGUUUAACAUGCAAUUUUACACAUUUUUAAUUUUGAUAAUCAAAUAAUUGCAUUUAAUUUUUUUUAUCGCAUUGAUGAUUUUUUUUUGUAUUAAAAAAAGUGUAAAAGUGUAAUUUACCAUCCAUGAAAAAUUAGUCCAAUUAGGAUCCAUAUUUUGAUGAUGACUGUGAUCUGACUGACAGUCUGUCUGUGAAAAAUGAAGACACACUGCUUCUAGUGAUAAGGUAAACCUCAUGAAAAUGUUUGCAGAGUGAUUUUAACACAGAUUUUGUUACCAUAUGGUUCCAACAGUGUUACUGCUUAAACUUGUGGGGCCUGGACAAUAUUCAAAAAUAAACAUUUUUAACAUUGUAA